AUGGCGAGAAAACAGAUUGUUUUUCACCUUCUAGUCUCUCUUUGGAACUUUGUCUCUAUUCAAGGGAGCCACGUAAUGUCGGAGAUUCAUUAUGUAAAAACAUACUACACCUACUCAUGUGCUCUCGUACAGCGAUUAGAUACAAAUGUGCCAGCGGAUGGACCACUUCUAAUAACCAAAGAUGUUCAUAUGAGGCUUGUUCAUGGCAGCCAGACAGCACAAGAUGUUUCCCAGGUUAUUGUGAUGGAGAACUCGCUGAUAGAUGCAACUGCACUAGAGGAUUUACUGGAAAUGACAGAAUAUGCUGAUAUUCUCGACAACCUCUUCAAGCUAAAACACAACCAUCAUGUGUUGACUAAUCCGUCACAUUCAGUAGACCCUGGACCCCAUCCAGUGGUUUGGUCUAACUAUAGAGACUGGAAUCUUGCAGAAACAGUGUGGACUGCAAAAUACGCUACAAUUGGAGGAUAUCUUGUUAUGGAAAAUCGAGAACAAAUUAUCAGUGAAACCCAUUACCUGGUGGGAACAACGAAAACUUUACAGUAUGUUUUUCGUUGGGAUUUUGUCACCCCUUACCAUUGUUUGGAAAAUAUGACAAUAACUGAUGACUGUAGAGAUCCACUCGUCGCACCCGACCUGACAGAAAGUCCCACAAUUUCAAUAAGCUGGGAAGGUUGGUAUGAUGACCUGUCAGGGAUGAAGGAAUAUCAGUACGAAAUACAGACCCUAUCAAGUAGAAAUGAUAUAUUGCAAGAGGACGGAUUUCCCGUAAAUAACGGAACUGGCAUCAUUUACCUUAAUGAAUCAUUAAAAACAUUAAGAUUACCAGGAUCUGCUGGACUAUUCUCUAUUCAUCUGACAGCUCAUGACAACGCUGGAAACUAUAAAACGGCAAGGCGUUUUGUUCUGUACGAUAGUGACUCUCGUGUCUCCUACAACCCUCUCUACGUAACCCGUGUCCAAAGCGCAUCAAAAAAUACAAACUACACGUGGGUUGUUGAUGAUACAAAGAUUGUUAAUGUUCAGUGGACAAAGAGAUUUCGGAAUAUUCUGCAUGACCAUAACAAAUGGCUUAAUGAAAUUUCACCGAGUUAUGGAAUUACGAAGGGUUAUGAUGAUUACUCUGGACCUCGAUCCGUCAAUAAAGUCAAUAAUGUUUAUGGAUGUGUUGGUUUUAAAACAGAAUACUCUGUUUUUGAUGGAGAAAGCUUAAAAGAUUCAAGACCUUUAGCUUCAGUGAACAAUAUAUCCACAGAAUCUGAUUUAAUAACAAUGAAUUGGUCUGAUGGUGACAAGGCAGUCAUUAUAGUUGUUGCUGUAGACAUUUUUAACAAAACGUUGAAUGAUACUGUCACAGUUUACCGGGAUGCCUCGCCCCCGGUUAUAGAGAACCUGUGGUUAACUCGAGGGGACAUGUUAAACGUUAGCGUGCACAGCUUGGAGGAUUUCAGAAACAUGACAAUUGAAUGGUUGGCAUAUGACUACCACAGUGGCAUAGAUUCUAUUUACUGGAGAUUGUAUGAUAAUUUUACCGGAGAAAUCAUUCUUCAUGGCCACGAAGAAAUGUUUGCCCAAGGAUCCUCUCAGGACCUCGCAGAAUGCAUUCAAAAAUAUGGCAAUUAUAGCAGAGGGCCCAAAUGUUACCAAACGAACUACUGGGGAGCUUAUCAUCAACAUUUUCAAGUAAAACCUGACGUAAAGAAAAAUGGUGGACUCAUACCUGGAAAAGAGAUUGCUGCACAUGAUUCUGAUUAUUUCAUAGAGAUUAAUGCAACAAACAAAGCUUUGUUGUCAACAAUCCUAACGAAAAAGAUAACAAUUGAUGUUUCACCUCCGCAAACCGGAACUGUUCAAGACGGUAUCAGAGGAACAAAUGAGGUGGAUUUCCAACAAAGUAAGACGCUGAACGCUCACUGGGACGGAUUCUUUGACAAAGAGAGUGGUGUCAUGUUCUACAUGUAUGGCUUUGACAAGAAACCAAUACCUGCAAAUGCUUUUCAAUUGGAUUCCAGUAACCUUCUUUUGAAAGAAACAUAUGCCACGUAUGCAACUCACACGGUCUCCACUGAGGGGACGUAUUACAUUUGUGUUGUCGCCUACAAUCGAGCUCUAGAACCUUCUAAACCGGUCUGUUCUGACGGCGUCACAGUGACUACAGCGGUACCAAGUGUGUCAGAGGUAGAUAUAACCAAUGCUUACGUCAGGGAAGGUUUGGUUACAGACAUACGGAAAACAACAUAUUGGAUAGUCAAUAAAAACAGACAAAGAAGAUUAGUCGCUAAUCCAACAGAAGACUGUUUGAGAAAGGCUGUGCCAUUAUCUGACGUGGACAUUUUCCCAGUUGAAAAAUUCAAAAAUGGUUCAUAUGUUAAAGUGAAUGGAUCAGUUAUUUGCACAAACACUUCAACGGCGCCCGGAAUAACGAACCCUGUAUUGUCUAAAUCAGCACAUAUCAUCCUUUCCUGGUAUGCCAAUGAAACAAGCAUCCAUGAUUAUGAGGUUGGCUUAUCCACAGUAGCUGGAAGCACAGCACCUGAUUUACUUCCUUUUAGGUCUACACAACAACAUCGCCGUAUUCACCUGAUGCACACUGACAUACCGGAAAGGGAACCUUUUUACCUCAUUAUAAAGACUAUCAGCAGGUCCAAUGUUGAGGGCAUACAAUCUAUAGGGCCGUGUUCCGUUGAUAUAACGCCGCCAGUGUUCUUUCCACCAAUAAAAGUCAACUAUCAUAAUGGACAUCUUAUAGCUGUUUGGAAUUCAAGCAGUUUUACAGAUGCGGAGGAUCCUUUUCCUCUUUCUGUUCAAUGUGCUGUCGGCCAUAUUCCCAGGGGCACACAGAUUCAGAAUUAUUCACCACUACAGGCAGGUGAUGGCUGUAUUUUGACAGAACCACCAACAUGUACUGCUAUCCCAAUUAAUGACACUGAGUGGAAACUCCAUGGUAACCACACGUACUACGUUACAAUAAAAGCAGAAAACAUUGCUGGUCUAUCAUCAUUUGGUGUCUCGGAACCUUAUAUUCAUAAUGUGCAGCUUCCAUCAACUGGAAUUGUUAUGGAUAUUUUGAAUAACACAGAAAAUCCUUUUAUCGAAACACAAGAUGCUGAUUAUACGUCCUCAGAAAAUACCCUUUCUGCAAGAUGGACAGGAUUUUCUCACGCAUACCUUGAUGUAACGUACAAAUUUCAAGUAGGUACAUCGACUGGUGCUGCGGACGUUGUUCCACAAAAAUAUGUCGGGAAGAAUAAUUCCCAUACUGAGCAGGGACUUUCUUUGGAAUUUUUCAAGACAUACUACAUUACCAUAACUGCUGUGACGUCUGCUGGAAGCGUUGAGGUGACCUCAGAUGGAAUAACAGUUGUUCAAGAAAAUGCCACUUUGUCUGGCAUAUCUGUCUUUGAUGGAGAACCAUGCAAUAUGUCAGAACAAAACACUUCUCAAUCUAUUCUUCAUCACGACUGGGAUAUAAGCGUGAACUGCACAAACGAUACAGACUUUCAGUCUUCCACUGACACUCUAAAUGCUUACUGGACAAUCUCUAAAGAAACUUUAUUCUUCGUCCCAGAUACGUAUUAUUCGAUCGAAAGAAAAUCUGCGUACAGUGACGAUUGGAGUAUCUUUCAAGACUUCACAUACAAUCACGGGCAUAUGGAGGCCCAUGUAACUGGACUCUCGUUAGAACCUGGCAAAAUGUAUCGUUUUGUAUUGAAACUCUGUGCUGGGAAGAUAUGUUACUUGCCGACACAUAGCAACGGUGUCGUUAUACUAGCCAGUCCACCUGAACCUGGUGAUAUAUCAUUUGUUCACGAAAAUUCCUCUUUAACUGAAGAGCUAAAAGUAACCAUGGAUAUGUUUAGGGAUCCAGAUAUAGAAAUACUAACUGAAAAAUACAGCGUUAUAAAAAGAUAUGAAUGGGCCAUAACGGACCAAUCGGAUACAGGGAGACUGCACACCAUUUGGCAGGAACUAACAGAGUUCGAAGUCAUACCGGGGAAAUACAAAAUUAAGUUUACCAUAAAACUGUCCGGAAAGUUGGAUUUUUCAAAAUGUCGUCGAUUAACAGUAAGGGGUUAUAACAAGGCGGGGCUAUCCUCUACCAUCUCUGGAGAUAUCAAAGACUGCAGUAAUCCCCUGUUGAUCACACCAAAAGUUGUCAUUGAUGCCGUAGGGACACAGGAUCCGAGCAAAGAUGGAUAUGGAGAACCAAUUUACAUGGAAAGAAAUGCUUCAUGGCCAUACCCUGAUAUGGACUAUACACCAAACAAGAACUACAUAUCAGCUGUAUGGCCUUCCCUUCGAUACAUUGCAUACACCGUGGCCGUUAUUAAAGCCUGGAAUAUUAAUAUGACGACUAUGUAUAAACCAUCUACUACUCUUGCACUCGCUGAUCCCUGUAGUCAUCCGGAUUCUAUCAGAUGCGCUGAUACCGAUCGCGAAUUCAUCAAUAUAAAGUUUAGAGAAGGGGAACUUGAGAAUGGUCAGCGUUAUAUUGUUUGUAUUCAUACGGAACACACUGAAAUACACGAGGGACAAUCCAGUAGAGUUCUACCAGAAAUAAAUGCGUGCAGUGAUGGAGUCGUGGUUGAUCUCACUCCUCCAUCGAAGGGGAGUGUUUGGAUUGGAAAACGUGGACAACAAUAUCAGAUAUCAACAACGGACAUGUAUGUAACCUGGGAUUCAUUUAAGGAUGUUGAAGAAAUUCAGACAAUCUCUCACUCCUCUGGAGUGCAGAAUUACCAACUUGGAAUUGGAACCUUUAUUGGUGGGAAUGACAUUGUUGCAUUCACAGAUGUUGGAGUAAGCAAUCAUAAAGCCUUACAUGGUCUAUCCCUGCAAAGUGGUCACAAGUAUUAUGCCACAAUAAAAGCAACUGAUUUUGUCAAUCGAACUACUACUCAAACAUCGUCACCAAUUAUUGUUGAUACCAGCCCUCCCUCAAAAUCUGACAAUCCUAUCACUUUAACUGGACGACAUAUUACAUCUGUCUCGGAAAUAGAAGCAUGUUGGAAGAAUAUAUUCAGUGACCCGGAGAGUGGUAUAGACUUCUACAUGUGGUCUGUUGGUUCCGAGCCCGGGUAUUCUGACAUCAUGGAUUACACCCGUGAGGAUACUGAAUGUGGAGCAAAUGAUAAAAAUUACAGACUUGAUAUCAAGGAAGGCCACGCAUAUUAUAUUAAUGUCAAGGCCUUCAAUAAAGCCCGCCUUGUGACAUCAGCGACCUCUUGGGCCUACACAGUAGACUUUUCCCCUCCUUCAGAAGGUUACGUGCUUGAACUUUCGCCUUCAGGAAACAGUAAAUUGGACAUCGAUUACCAAACUGAUAUAAACAAAUUGAUGAUAUUCUGGGAGGGAUUUUAUGACCCACAUUCUUCAAUCAAAGAAUUCUUUGUGACUGUUGGAACUUGUCGUCGCUGUGAUGACGUCAUCAGACGUCAGAGCGUAGGUCUCGUGAAAGAAAUGACGGUGGAUUAUGUCCACUUUGGUUCGGGUUUAACCUACUACACGUCAGUAACAGCCUGUAACACUGCAGAGUUUUGUACCACAGCUUACUCUGAUGGCGUCAUCAUGGACAAUAGUCCUCCAAAUGUGGGCGUGGUUACAGAUGGGACAUCCUCAAACGACAAAGAACACCAGUCAAUCAGAAAUUGGAUUGGUGCCACAUGGCAUGGUUUUACUGACCCACAGUCUGGGAUAUCUCAUUACGUUUGGUGGGUAGGGACCACGCCGGGGGGUAACGAUAUUCUUCCGGCAAAAGAAGUCUACUUGGUUGAAGAGGCAACUGCGUAUAAUUUCUCACAAGAAAUACCAUUAUCAAAGCGUAUUUAUGUAACAGUUAGAGCUUAUAACAAAGCGGGAUUAUUUGUUGAUGGAAUAUCUAAUGGAUUUCUUGUUGAUGAAACACCUCCUGUAAUAUCAAAUGGGCCUAAACUCACAAAUGGUUCCGCAUUGGUUGAAAAUACACAGAUAUACAGAUCACUUGUAAAGAUUGAGUGGACUGUAGCAGAUCCAGAGUCACAUAUUGAAAGGCAGUACCUGUCUCUGAGAGCUCAUAUUGGUGGUGACUUUAACUUGUCUUCCACCAAGGUAAAUGGUAUUGCACGGGAUUUUAUUCUAAAUGGACUUAAACUGCAUGACGGAGUCACAUACUUUAUCACAUUAAUAUCUUGUAAUGAAGCUCAUUUGUGUUCUUCGAGUACCUCUCCUGGGAUUCAAAUGGAUAGUACCCCUCCAAGUGAAGGUACGUUUGCGAUACAGACCGACCAUGCUGUUGACGUAGAAUUGAGUCGCCAUGUAUCUGGCUUUAUGACCUGGUCAGAAUGUGAGGUGAACCUUGCGUGGUUGGGAUUUUCUGAUGCUCACUCGGAUAUCUCGCACUACUUUGUCAAUGUUGGUUCAACUUACAUGGGAGACGACCUAAACGCUGUGCCUGGUGUUCCACUGAGAGUUAACCAUAGCACAACAGGGGCCGAUAAAUACGACGAAGGAAGAGUUCAGGCAUACAGAAUUUCUACUCAGAAUCUAUCUGCAUAUGACAAAUUAUACAUAUGUUUGUGGGCCGUAAAUAAGGUAGGACUAUCGAGCCCUAUAAUUCACUCAAAAUUCAAGAAGUUGCCCGGUGGAGUUCUGUCAUUAGUGAGGCGGUGUGAGGCUGAGGAAUGUGGAGGACAAUGUCUGUGUUCUCCUCAAGACGAAGUUUGCCACCAUAAUGAGUCCCUCUGUAAUGACGUCACAAUUGGAAAUACCAACAACCUAAUACAUGUAUCCGACCUGACGUUUGGUAAAUCAGAUUUAAAUUUUACACCCAGUAAUAAUGUGUUGCAAGGUCGUUGGACCAUAGUCGAUGGACAAGGCAGUCAGCCAUUUAUAUACCAGUGGAGUGUUGGUAUUACAAACCAUGAAGUUCCUUUUGGAGUGCUUGAUCCACAGAACGAUAUUGUGUGGAACGAUGCAGGACAGAACAAAUUUAUUACUUAUAUUACAACUUCAGGCCAGUCUUUAAUAGAGAGUGUCUCCUAUUCUGUAUUUGUAAGAGCCUGGUAUAACAAAACUACAUAUGCCGUCUUCAAAUCAAAGGGAGUCACUGUCCAGUCGGCAGAACUUGUAGUCUUCAAUAUUUCACAAGGCAGAAUAACUGAAAAAAUGAUCGAAAGUACUAUAGAAGAUGAUGAUUUUGUGAAGAGUGGCACUGCAUUAUUGUUGAAUUGGACAGAUAAGUUUGCAGACAACCAAGAUUCUAUAAGAUCCUACCAAGUUUACAUAAGUACAACACCAGGAGGCCAUGCUGUUUGGGAAACAGAAGAUUUACCUAAUACGGAGACCACAUACAUGAUAAGUGGACUCUCUUUGCCCUCAGGAAUCCAGUAUUUUACAAAUGUCAUCGUCUACGGCUUCUCGGGUGUCCACCAUACGGAAUCUUCUGACGGAUUUAUAAUUGAUGACGAUAAACCAGGAUCCGGUGUAGUUUGGGAUGGAAUAGGUUUAUAUGAUCUGGAAUAUCAAAAUUCCUCGACCUCAAUUCAUGCUAGCUGGCAAGGAUUUUUAGACACAGUCUCUGGAAUAAGGAAUUACUUUUGGUGUGUAGGCAACACAACCACAGUAUCACCAAUACACUCCAAUACCGAGUGUAAUAUUUGGGUCUGGGAAAAUGUUGGAAAUGAAACUUCAAUUUCCAAAAUACUUUCUGAAGAAUUGGCUAAUGGAAAAAUCUACUACAGCAAAGUCUAUGCCGUGGACAAUGUGGGAUAUAAAUCUGACAUCGCAGUUUCCGAUGGAGUCACGAUCGACACCACUCCUCCAGAACCUGAGUACCUUUAUCACAUUGAUAAAAACCUCCUGCUGAAUCCGUCCUUUGAAAUAUCCAAAAAAUCAUUAGCAUUUGAGAAUAUCCACGACCAAAACAUAUGCACACUUGGUGAUGACUUCGUUCCUGAUUACUGGAAUCUGACGCAUGGCAGUUGUGCUACUGUUGUUUCAUCCCUGAAGAUUUUUGCUAGAGAUGGAAAAUCAUUUCUAUUUGUAAGAGGAAGCGUUAAGCAAGUUAUUUAUGGUCUUACAAUUGGAGAAAUUUAUCGCGUCAUCUUCUAUACUAGCCACUUUCCAACGCAAGUGGAAACCUUGGCCAAUAAAGAAGUGUUUCUUAACAUUGGUAAAAAGAAACAAGUGUUUCUUUUGUAUUCAAAGGUUUCCAGACAUGACGAACAGGAAGUAUCGGCAACUCGUGAAAUUGUUUCUUGGCAAAAACAUAGCUUCUAUUUUACAGCAGAAAAUGAGAACACUGAUUUAGAAAUUGGCAGCACAGACAUCAAGACUGGUCUCUUAAUUGACAACGUUACACUGCAAAGUGUAAAUAGGAUCCUUAAGAACAGUAAUGACUCUCACGUGUCUGCUCAUAUCGUUUAUACACACCAAUGGGGUUCCAUACAUGGAGCCUGGAGUUUCUUCGAAGAUGUCAGUCCUAUUGUAGAAUAUCAAUGGGCAAUAGGAUAUACAGAAGGUGGAACAGAGAUCCAGGGUUUUACCAGUGUGGGGCUGAACAAUUUUGGAAUAAAUACAAAUGUUACCCUUGUCCACAACUCGUAUAUACACGUGACAGUGGUCGCCACGAAUGCUGUCGGCCUUAGUGGCUUAGUCUCUACUCCUGUUUAUAUUGACUUGACGCCACCGGUAUUUUAUAACGUUUAUGACGGCAGAUUGUGGUAUGAUGAUGAAGAUACAUGGAAAGAUAAUAAAGUUAUCGUAAAUUUUGCGAGAAACGACGAGGAAUCGGGAAUUCAUUUUUGCGAAUGGGCAAUUGGAUAUCACCCAUACGGAACAGAUUUACAGACAUUCGAAAAAUUGCCAUAUAGGGAAACCUUCAUGGUAAAAGAUUUCAACUACAGUGUACUCGAAAAUAGAACCAUCUUCUCUACAAUUAGAUGUCACAAUCGUGCUGGAUUGUCAGCUUCUAAAUCCUCCGACGGUGUGAAGAUUUCCGACUAAUUUUUUUUUUGUUACGGCAAGAAUUUCAG